AAGGAUUCCAUUGCAAUCAGCUGCGGGGCGGGCCCCUAUUGGAGAAACCAUGGCAACGGGUUGUUUGCAAGGAGGAGGUUCUGGGUACAAAGGGGAAGCAGUUACGUUAGUACGGCCCCCUUGCGCUGAUGACGGUAUCCAGCCGGAGCCUGUGUCUCUGUUAUUGUUUUGUUUUGUCUCUGACAGAGGAGGAGUGAGAGUCGGGAGCUGCAGCCGCGGAGCCAGCAUUAGACCCGGAGCACGUCCCUCACAGCACAACACAGCACAGCACCAGCACUCACCACGACCCCGGAAGAAAGAGCACAGUUUCGUGCACGGAGGAUUGUGGUUCAGGAGUGUCAUUCUUUUGUUAAUAAGGACUGUAAACCUGGGGUGUUUAUUAUUAUUAUUUAUUAUAAUUAUUGAAAUUAAAACACAGACGUUUUUGGGAGAACUCUGGUCUGGACAUUGCCUUUAUUAUCACCACUCACAUCCUGUUCACAAGUGGUGUCAGAAACGGGAUUUUACAAUGGACCCUGCAGCACUGAACACCAUGAUGGAGGCUCAGGCACGGAGGCAUGAAGAGACCUUGGCAGCGGUGAUGGAGAGGAUGAAUGCCAUGUUCCUCGCGGCCAACCAGAGGAGGGAACCGGUGGCCGAACCAGCAGUAGCGCCUCCGAAACCUAAAGUGGUGAAGAUGUCGCUGGAGGAUGAUCCCGAGGCCUAUUUAACAUCCUUUGAAAGGCAGGCGACAGCAGCCCUAUGGCCUCGGGAGUGGUGGGCUACCCAGCUGGGACCCAAUCUGAUCGGGGAAGCCCAGGCAGCCUACCACGCUUUAACCCAUGAACAAGCCAUGGAUUAUGAUCUUGUAAAGAAAGCCAUCCUUCAGCGACUGGACAUCACGGAGGAGACGCACCGCCGCCGGUUCCGGGAGUACCAACGCCCAGAAGGAGUCCGACCCCGAGUAAUGGCCCAGCAGUUGGUGGACCAGGUGACCCGGUGGCUCUGCCCUGGUGAACGCACAGCAGAGGAGGUGGCUGAGAUUGUCACCAUUGAACAAUUUAUACAGUUGCUGGGGCCAGAAGCCAGUAAUUGGGUCAGCCGGCACCGGCCCACCACGCUGGACGCCGCGGUCAGGUUGGCUGAGGGGUACGAGGACUCUAUGCCCACACCGCUGCCCACCCCGAUACAUUCCACGCCGACCUUCAUCAGACCCAGGAUGGCGGGCCCAAGGCCGGGGCCCCUUCACCCACACACACCCUUCACGUCUGGACCAGCACCCUCACGUUCCCCAACGGGUGGCCUCGCUCCACAACACUGGAGGCCGAGGUCAACCCCCAGCUGGGGUAGAACAGGGGCCCCCUCCCCGCUGUCAGGUCGGCAGCGGGACAAUCAGGCUCCGUGGGCGCCUCUCCCUCUGGAAUGUUACCGGUGCCAUGGGGUCGGCCACCUUGCCCGGAAUUGCCCCUCAGCAAUGGAGUGUGGUGCGGCUUCGCAUUAUUUGGUACCGGCGACAGAGGAGGAGUGAGAGUCGGGAGCUGCAGCCGCGGAGCCAGCAUUAGACCCGGAGCACGUCCCUCACAGCACAACACAGCACAGCACCAGCACUCACCACGACCCCGGAAGAAAGAGCACAGUUUCGUGCACGGAGGAUUGUGGUUCAGGAGUGUCAUUCUUUUGUUAAUAAGGACUGUAAACCUGGGGUGUUUAUUAUUAUUAUUUAUUAUAAUUAUUGAAAUUAAAACACAGACGUUUUUGGGAGAACUCUGGUCUGGACAUUGCCUUUAU